AUCAUAUCGACUGUGGACACGUUCUGGAGAGGGUCCCUGACCUCGGGGAGUCGCUAUGCCGUGCCCUCGCCACGUACAAGCUGCGGUUUCCGCAAUUCUCACACGAGAUGGCCUUCUGCCCGGAGGACUAUCUCGUUAUUGGGCGGACAUUUUCGGCCAUCGAGAACUGGAUGGUUGCACAAUACGGCAGUAAGUUGCGCUGGGAGCCGGGGUGGGCUACCGGAAUUGCGCCCAACAUCGAAGGGAGUAUCCUUGAGUCCAGUGGUGACGACUCUUUUCGGACAUUGGCUUCCAUCGUUGAGGAUGUAGCUUCCCACGAGCAACUGAUUUGCGGGGUCUUAUCCGAAGGACCUCUGAAUGUGCAAAUGAGACUAGAUCCUGUCACCACGAAAAUGGCUUCCGCAGCGCCUCUGUACGCUGGCAAAGGAAGUAAGCGGCGUCCGUCUUUGCAAUCUUUGCAUCAGCCAGUUGUGGCCUGGACGAGGACUGCGUUCGGAGCGUCAGAUGGUCGAACGGAGCUGUCUCACGGUCUCCCUGCGACAGAUAUCGAUGGUGAAUGUAGGAAGGACGUCAAUCUGGAUCGGCACAGAAUAAUGCCCGCAAUGAGAAAGCUUCCCAAGUGGCUCAACAAGGAGAUUCGGGACGUUAGUUCCGGCUAUCGGCGGAUGCUAGGUAGGGGGGUGCUCAAGUCUUAGAAAGAGGGACGGAAACAGAUGGUGUCCCGACCUGCCGAGAGAUGCCUUGACCUAGAGGGGUAGUGAGUAUGAUUCUCUGUAGUAGGUCUAUGGUGAAUUUGUAUACAACUGCACCAGUCCAUUGGAGUUGUCGACUUUUACAUAUGUAGACAGGUAGAUUGGGUUGUAAAGCAUCGCAGUGUUCUUUC